GAAAUAGAGGUAGGAAUGUGCGUGCACCUCGUGCGGUGGCUGAUACAGCUGAGGGAAGUGCCAUGUAUAUAUAAAGAGAGAGAAAGAGAGAAGAAUCCGGGACAUGCUGUGUGCUGUGAACACUCGUCUGGUUCUUUCUUCCCCGUAACUGACCAAGUUCAAUCAAAAAUGGCUCCCGCAUCUGCAGAGUCUAUAAAGGCCAGAGAUGUUUGCAUUGUUGGUGUUGCUCGCACACCAAUGGGCGCCUUUGUUGGUAACCUCUCUUCUUUCUCUGCCACCAAGCUUGGCUCGAUUGCUAUUCAAGGUGCUCUGAAAAGGGCCAAUGUUGAUCCAUCACUUGUGGAAGAAGUCUUCUUUGGGAAUGUUAUUAGUGCUAAUGUGGGGCAAGCUCCUGCAAGACAAGCAGCCUUAGGAGCAGGAAUACCCAAUUCAGUUGUCUGCACCGCUGUCAACAAAGUUUGUGCCUCCGGAAUGAAAGCUGUAAUGCUUGCUGCACAGAGUAUUCAAUUAGGCUUAAACGAUGUUGUUGUAGCUGGUGGUAUGGAAAGCAUGUCUAAUGCACCUAAGUAUUUGACAGAAGCAAGGAAAGGGUCCCGCCUUGGACAUGAUACAGUUGUUGACGGAAUGAUAAAGGAUGGUUUAUGGGAUGUCUAUAAGGAUGUUCACAUGGGAUCCUGUGCCGAACUCUGUGCAGAGAACCAUUCAAUAACAAGAGAGGAAAUGGAUAACCAUGCAGUUCAGAGUUUUGAAAGGGCAAUUGCUUCCCAACAAAGUGGUGCCUUUACAUGGGAAAUUGUUCCAGUUGAAGUCCCUGGUGGAAGGGGGAAACCAUCAACCCUUGUCGAUAAGGAUGAAGGACCAGGAAAGUUUGAUGCUGACAAGUUACGCAAACUCAGACCAAGUUUCAAGGAGAGUGGAGGUUCUGUUACCCCUGGAAAUGCCUCCAGCAUAAGUGAUGGUGCUGCUGCAUUAGUUUUGGUUAGUGGAGAGAAGGCACUGAAGCUUGGACUUCAAGUUAUUGCAAAGGUAGCCGGAUAUGCUGAUGCUGCUCAGGCACCAGAGUUGUUUACAACAGCUCCUGCCCUUGCAAUUCCCAAAGCUAUUUCAAGAGCGGGGUUGGAGGCAUCACAAAUUGAUUUUUAUGAAAUCAAUGAAGCCUUCUCGGUUGUGGCUCUUGCAAAUCAGAAGCUUCUUGGGAUUCCUUCGGAUAAGAUAAAUGUUCACGGUGGAGCUGUGGCUUUGGGUCAUCCUCUAGGUUGCAGUGGUGCCCGUAUUCUGGUGACACUUUUGGGGGUACUGAAGCAGAAAAAUGGGAAAUACGGAGUUGGUGGCAUUUGCAAUGGAGGUGGUGGUGGAUCCGCCCUUGUUGUGGAGCUUCUAUAAACCAUUUUGCAGGUUCAGUAUAUGUCCUUUUAGAGCCAGCAUUUGAGCACAGUUCUACAAACUAUUACUUCCUCUUUAGCAAGGGUACACGCAAGUUUCAAACUGACCACCAGAACACAAAGCAUAGAGUGGAGCAAAAUUUAGCUAAAAAAAUGUUUGUUUAGUGUGAAAUUUAAGUUAUGUUUGUGGCAAAGUAGAAUAGGGAGCAACGUUAUCUACAUUUUUUGUUUUCCUGCAAUAAGUUUCUGGUGUAUCUUGCUUUAGGGUGAUCAUUCUUCAUACCUAAGAUUCAAUGGAUGCUUCUACUUCUCAUGAAUGUGUUUGGAACUGAAA